GUGAUUGGAUGUGUUGAUGGUACUUUGGUGGCCAUGAUUCGUCCCAAAAUACAAGAAGAAAGAUAUUACUGCAGAAAAGGUUACCAUGCUAGAAAUGUUUUAAUUAUAAAUGACUGUGAUCUAAACAUAUUACAUGUGGAUGCUACAUUUGGAGGGGCUACACACGACAGCUUCAUUUUUAAUAAUUCAGUCAUACAGCAUCACCUGGAGCAACUAAACAAUGCGGGAGAGACAGCAUAUUUGUUAGGUGAUUCUGCUUAUGGGCAGAGAUCCUACUUGAUGACCCCAUGUGCCAAUCCUGAGCCUGGUUCUCCAGAGGAGCACUACAAUACACUGCAUAGUACAGCAAGGAAUAGUGUUGAAAGGACAAUUGGAAUUUUAAAGGGCAGAUUUAGAUGUCUUCUGGUUCAUAGAGUUUUACACUAUGAUCCAGAAAUGGUGUCUAAAAUCAUUAUUGCUUGCUGUAUCUUGCACAAUAUUUGUAAUCGCGCUGGAUUACCAGUAUUAGAGUUGCCACAUAAUUUGCAAGAAGAAGAAAUUCGCGCAAAUGAAGUGCUACAAAGUGAGGGUCAUCAUAUAGAGCCGGCAUCUCUAGGCGCCCUAGAACGUGGUCGGGCUUCCCGCCAGCAACUUAUAAAUAUUUUAUGGCGUGGGAGGCAUUAAAUAAAAGUGUAACCUGCUUUACUUAUUAUAUAUAUAUUAUUA